AUGGCUUCAAAACAACAAACAUUAAAGAAAAAGGCUGGUUCUAAGAACAAAAAGAACAACAAGGGUUCUCAAGAACAACCUCAGCCCAAGGUGGAAGAACCAGAACCAGUGAACGAAUCGCAACUGGACGAAGACGACUCCGAUUCCGAAGACGACUCCGAAGAAGAGCCAGAACCUGAACCUGAACCAGCAGUUGAAGAACCUACUCAUGAAAAGGCGAGCAAGAAGAAAAAGAAGAAGCAAGCACAGAACGCUCUUGCAAAACGAGAACGCAAAAAACAGCAACAAAUGACCAAGGCUGGUGAGGAUAUGAAGGAACCUCAGCAACAAGGGCAGUCGCAGCUAGCACAGCAGCCGAAGCAAGAGGAAGAUAAGAAGGAACUACGAUUAAGACUUGACUUGAACUUGGAUGUUGAUAUACAAAUUCGUGCCAAGAUCCAUGGUGAUGUCACCUUGGCCUUGUUGUCGUAA